GGCGUGCAAUUGCUGAGAUCCACCCUCCUCGACUUCCCUUGCCCUUAAAUCUAUAUCGGCCAAGGCUGAGAAUAGAACUGGGGUCAGAUUCCUGCAUGCAGACAGAGGAAGGCUGUGCAAGAGGAGACUAAGUCGGAAGACUAGAUCCAACACAGAUUGGACCAUAAUUUCAAAAACACAGGGAACCUAUGUGACAACAGGGGAAGCACUGGAGAAAAAGUGUAAGAAGGUGUUUAAGAGGAUUCCUGAGCUUCCCUUGCAGAGGGACCUCUUGUGUCUGCAGUGGUGAUCCCGAGUCCUUUCCCCCCUGGCAAGAUGAUCAAUGAUGACUAUCUGAUUGAGUGCAAACUGGACCCAGAAGAUCCUCAUAGACGGGACUCAGGAGCCAUUGUUGACCUCCCACCCAAAGUGGACUCCCGGGAUCCACGUGGGAUCAACCAGCACCUCAAGCUAGAAUUCUCUGACAUCCUUGCUGAGCCUUCCUCAUUCCGCAGCUUUGACCGGGUUUGGACCUGGAGUGAUAUCAUCUUCGAGAGUUCACGCCUUUGGUGCUACCGUAUCAUCUCCCUGCUGUGCGCUGUGCCUGUCUCCUUGUUCUCGGGCUUUCUCUUCGCCUGCCUCGGCUGCCUGCAUAUCUGGUGUGUGAUGCCCUGCAUCCAGCUCUGCACCAUGGCAAUGCCCCCAGUUCGUACCCUGUGGGCCAGCAUCCUGGAUGUCCUGGUGGCCCCACUCUGCACCAGCUUAGGACGUUGCUGCAGUGCCAUUUACCUCACUGUUACUCAGAAGUGACACCAAGAGAUGGCCCCUCCUCCCUAAAAGCCUGCGCUACCCAUACUCCCUUCUCAUUCCAUCUCAUUGAGACUAACUGGACAUAACUCAGUUUUCACACAAGAGGACAGAAUUGGGGCAGGGAUCUUUUAAACUUGGGUGAGGAAAGUGGAACUGGGUGGGAGAGGUUGAAGAAUGAAGGAAACGGUGCUCCAGAGGGAGGUGUCAAACUAUACCACUGUAUUUUGACUCCCUUUCUUCUGUACCUUCGCCCAGACCUGCAGGUAGGACUUCUAAAUGGGGCUUGUGGUGUUCCUUCCUCCCUCCCCGUUUGGAAUCCAGAAACACAAAAGGCUUGGUUUCAGCUCUUCCUGCCUCAAUUCCCUAACAUUCAAAUUGGUUUAUUUAUACCAGUUAAUAUCUCCAGCCAGUCCCAGACAGCCCAGACAAGAACUGUUUCAAGAGAAGAUUUUUGUGAUUAACCCUCUGUCCUGUCUGUCAGUGAGCAGGGCUUCUUCAUGGUGGGGAGUGAUUAGCAAAUGGAGUAACU